AUGCCACCGGCGGACAAAGAAGCCGCCAUCGAGCUGCUGUCCGAGUGUGGCGGCAGGUGGGCCUAUGUCCAGUUGCUCUUAGACAUUUCUUCCUCGCUCAUCGUUCCAUGCACCGCUUGGUCUACCACGCCUUGGAUCUUCGGAGCCUUCGGUCCGAUGGUGAUUGUAUCCUUGGCUCAGCAAGAGCAAGGUGGUCCCUGGCAGACUUUGCUGGGUUCGGUGCUGCCGGUGCUGAUGUUCUUGCCUUCUGGGCGAUUCCCACAACUCUCACGUUAUCGGAUGCGACUCGGCGCAUGCGCCCUCUUGGCUGCAGCCAUCGCGCAGCAGAUCAACCUGACUACCUAUUGGCAAAUGUCACGGAGACCUGCCUUGGUAUCGACGGACAAGCUGUCGCACACAGGCAGCCGCACCAGGAAUCUGUGGCACUUGACCGACAUGCAUGCUUGCCGAGACAUGAAUGCUGCAGACUCGUCCAAAGCAACUCGCCUUCGGCAGAUCAAGCUGCAUUUGUUCAUUCUGGGAGCUGUGGAAGCUCCUGUGCUCCUUCUGUUGCAGUACUAUGCCUCGUAUUACCUCUGUGCCAGUGGCAUUUAUGCGAUGGCCUCGGUCACUCUGUCGUCAUUGCUUAGCCUCUGCACCACUGCAGAUGCAGCCUACGGCCUGCUUUUCGUAGACCCCACAGCCCGGCACAUCCGUGAGCGUGUCCACCAGCUUCAGGCCCUCACAGAGGCUGGAGUUGACAUGAACGAGCAUGAGACCACCACCAUAUUGGAAAUCUGA